AUGGAUGGGAAUUCAUCAACAAUGGAUGGUUGGUGUACAUCACAGUUAAAGAUUGUCCUUCUUGGUGGCAGAGACUCUGGAAAGAAUGCUAUAGGAAACUUAAUCCUGGGUAAAGAAGAGUUUGGCACAGAAGAGAGGACUUUAUGCUCCAGGAGGAUUGGGAAAGUGUCUGAACUGCGGGUCACAGUUGUGAACACUCCUGGCUGGUGGUGUGACUCCAGUGCUCAGAACACACCUAAGCUGGUGAAGAGGGAGAUCAUAACCAGCGUUGCUCUCUGCUCACCAGGCCCACAUGUAUUCCUUAUAAUAAUUAAGGCAACCUCUGUCUUCUCAGAGAAGCGUCGGAAGGCUUUGGAGGAACACGUGGCCCUGCUGGGUGACGCGGUGUGGAGUCACUGCAUGGUUGUUUUCACCUGUGCUGAGAAGUACAAAGACACAAAUUCAGAAGAGUAUGUAGAAAGUGGGGGGAAGGCCCUCCGCUGGCUCAGUGAAAAGUGCAACCAGAGGUGUCACAGUGUUGUCCCGAGUGAUAACUCUGAACACACAGUGCUGCUGGCAAAGAUACAGAAACUAGUCACAGAAAAUGGAAACAGUGUGUUUGAAAUGCAGGAAAAUUUUUUAUGGGUGAAUGAAGAGGAAAAGAGAGGGAUGGAGGAGAGGACUCAGCUGAGGUUUAAGAAAAUGAAAAAAUACAGAUCUCUGAUACAAAAUAAGUCAAAGGGAGCUACUAACAUCAGGAUUGUGCUCCUUGGAGCUAAGGGUUCUGGGAAGACUUCAGCACUCAACACAAUCCUGGCAAGAGAGAACAACCCUAAACCUAUUAGGACAGUUCGUUGCCAGGCUGGACAAGAAAUGGUGCUUGGGAGAUUGGUAACUGUGGUGGACACACCUGGGUGGUGGAUGAACUACUUCUGUGUUGAGAGCUCCAACUUUGAUCGGGGGGAAUUGGCGCUGAGUUCGUAUUUUUGUCCUCCAGGACCUCACGUAUUUCUGCUGGUGAUCCGUGUGGACAGAGCAUUCACAGAGACCUGCAGAAGAGCAGCACAGGAGCAUCUAGAUAUGAUCGGUGAACACAUCUGGAGUCACGUUAUCCUGCUGUUUAGUUUUGGGGACUGGCUCGGAGACACGCCUAUUGAGCAGUACAUUGAGAGUGAGGGAGAAGCUCUGCGGUGGAUUGUUGAAAGAUGUGGCAACAAGUAUCAUGUUCUGAACAGUAAAAUGAAAGAUAAGGAAUUUCAAGUCAGAGAGUUGAUUGCAAAGAUUGAGAAAAUCAUCACUAGCGGUGACAAUGGCUGCUAUUAUAAACUAGAGAGGACAGUGUUGGACCAGCUGGAGGGGACGAUGCGAAGCGAGAAAGAGAGAGCCAGAGAAAGGCUAAUGAAGAAGAAGAAACAAAGGCAGAUGGCAAGAGCUCAGCUGGAGAACCUCGAACCUUUGACAGAGCUGAGAGUCGUGCUCAUUGGUGGCCCAAAAACAGGCAAAAGCUCCUGUGGAAACACCAUCCUCAGCAGAGACUGCUUUGACACGGCUGCUCAAACUACUUCCUGCAUCAAAAGGCAGGGAAAUAUCUGUGGCAAGAUGGUGGUGGUAGUAGACACACCAGGCUGCCUCUCUGUGACAUCGGACUUCUUGAAGGCAUCCUGUGCUAUACUUCUGGUUGUCAAUCUUAGCUCGUCGUUCAAAGAUACCUGGAGGAAAACCUCUCAAAAAGACCUGGAGGCAGGUGGAGAUCAGUUAUGGAGCAGAUGUAUGGUCCUGUUCAGCUAUGGUGACUUGCUGGGUGACACAAGCAUCGAGCAGCACAUUGAAAGCGAAGGAGAGCCACUGCAAUGGCUUGUUGAGAAGUGUGGGAACAGAUAUCAUGUUUUAGACAAUAAGAACUGGGGAGAUGGAGCUCAGGUUAAAGAGCUAAUUGAUGUGAUGGAGGAGAUGCUGGUUGAUGAGGCUCUUCUUCACAGAGGUGAUCACAUGUGGAAAAGUGUUGCUUCAGCUCAAGAGCAGCAGAUAGGCACAGAGCCACUGUGCAAAAGGGGACCAGAGGAUUUCAUGCAUAGCAGAUCCGAGCAGUCCAACAACUUACUGAGGUUGCCAAAAGUGACUCAGCAUGUCCCAUCUCCUGCUCCUCACAACCACCUGAGAGUGAACAGGGAAGGCCUCAUGGAUUCCAUCCCACGCAGACUUGAAACAACGCAUCUGGUUUCAUCUCAGACACAGAAUGAGGCAUGCGUAGAACAAGAUUUGAUCAGUGUGCAAUCACUCUGCCAUCCUGCACUGAUAGAGCGGACUCUUAGGAGGGUCUCUGAGUCUGGAGGCCUGCAGACAUUCAUUGAUCAGUGGGGCAACAGCAGCCUGGAGGAACUGGAAGCCUUCGUUGACUUGCACUUUGAGAUUGUGUGGGAAGAAGCCAUGAGAUCAUGUCAGCCGCCUGAACCGAGCCACGCCGUGCCCGAGCAGGAUAAUGCUAUUGGGGAAGCUGGAGAGGAAGUGUUUACAUCCAUUCACAGGAAACUUUCAAAGCUGGAACUGCUUGAGGAGAUAAAAAGGGAUCUGGCAGAACAGAGAAAGCGUGUGGAGCAAAUCUGGAGGAUCAUACAGCAACUUGCAUACGAAAUCAAACAGGGUCGUAAUAAUACAUGCUAA